UCUCCAUUAAAAUUGCCUGGAUUCUCUGCUAUCAUUCCCAACUCAUAAGCAAGUCCGUCAAUCGAUCUAUAAAGAAAAAUUUUCAGCAACUUUCACUUCUGGUACCUUUUGUCCAUCUUGGAGCUUUUACGGCUGAAAGCUCUCUUGAGGAAUCCGGAGAUUACUUUCGUUGUAGCUCUGAAACAUUCAUUGAAUAUUUCUGCAAAUAAUCUCUUUCAGCAGGUUGGAGGUAGCUAUGGGUGAUGUGAAUUCCAAGAAGACUUUAAAGGACUUCUGUAUUCCAGAAUACAUACUAGUAUCAGGAUCUGAGGUCAGAAGUAAUUCCUAUAUACCUGCAUGUCCCGUAAUGGUCUUCAUUAAUUCCAAAAGUGGUGGUCAGCUUGGAGGGGAACUUCUUGUUACCUACCGUUCACUUCUUAAUAAAAACCAGGUUAUUGAUCUGGGAGAUAAGGCUCCCGAUAAGGUGCUGCAUCAGCUUUAUGUUACUCUGGAGACGCUCAAGCACAGAGGAGAUAAAGUGGCCGCAGAAAUUGAGAAGAGAUUAAGAAUAAUUGUUGCAGGUGGAGAUGGUACUGCUGGUUGGCUUCUUGGAGUGGUCUCAGAUCUCAAACUGCCUCAACCACCACCAAUCGCUACAGUGCCAUUAGGGACAGGAAACAAUCUUCCCUUCUCAUUUGGCUGGGGUAAGAAAAAUCCCGGCACUGACUGUCAAUCUGUGGUAUUUUUUCUGAACCAAGUAAGAGCUGCAAAGGAAAUGAAAAUAGACAGCUGGCAUAUUAUGAUGAGAAUGAAGGCUCCAGAAAAAGGUUCUUGUGACCCCAUUGCACCUCUUGAGCUGCCUCAUUCUUUGCAUGCAUUCCACCGUGUUUCUCCAACAGAUAAGCUAAAUAUGGAGGGUUACCAUACUUAUCGUGGGGGAUUUUGGAACUACUUUAGUAUGGGAAUGGAUGCUCAAGUAUCAUAUGCAUUUCACUCGGAGAGAAAGUUGCAUCCAGAAAGAUUUAAAAAUCAAUUGCAUAAUCAGAGUGCAUAUCUGAAGCUUGGAUGCAAACAAGGAUGGUUCUGCUCUUCUUUAUUCCAUCCUUCAUCACGGAACAUUGCUCAGCUGGCAAAGGUUAAAAUAAUGAAAAGGCAAGGUCGGUGGGAGGAACUCCGCAUACAUCCCAGCAUACGAUCAAUCGUUUGCCUCAACUUGCCCAGCUUUUCUGGCGGACUCAAUCCUUGGGGAACACCAAAUAGAAACAAAUCAAUUUACAGGGAUCUGACACCUCCAUAUGUGGACGAUGGCCUUAUAGAGGUAGUGGGUUUCAGAGAUGCCUGGCAUGGUCUAGUUUUGCUCGCUCCAAAAGGGCAUGGCACUCGUUUGGCACAGACCAGCAGAAUCCGUUUUGAGUUCCAUAAAGGUGCAGCUGAGAGCGCAUUCAUGAGGAUUGAUGGGGAGCCGUGGAAGCAACCUCUCCCAUCAGAUGAUGAUACGGUUGUCGUCGAGAUAUCUCACCAUGGCCAAGUAAGCAUGCUUGCCAACCCAGGCUGCCGUUCCAAAAGCAUACAUGAACCCUCCUCGCCUGUUAGUAGCCAGGAAGAAGAAGAAGAAGAUAGCGAUGAUGAAGAAUCAAUAGAAGGGCGUCGCAAGUUUGGAGCAGCUGACACUUUCAAAUAUCCCCAUGAAAUCGACAUAGCUCAUCUUAGUUAGGUGCACAGUAAUAGAGUUGCUUACUGAAUGCUGGUGAAGAGCAAAAAUGGAAGUAGUCAAUGUAAAUUUUUCAUUCUUUGCUCGUAGUUUGCACUCGGCGCUCAUCACGGCCCAUUGGAUUUUAAAAUUUCAUGCAUUUUUUUAUUACUUAAUGUAUAUGUGAUAUAUUUUUGGAACUAACAAAUUACUAUCCCCAGCUGGUUCAAUUUAAACUUAUUUUUUUAACAAA